AUGACUACGACAUCGGAUACACCUUUAGAUCCCUUACUCAGAGAACCACCGGUGCCCAGUCCUUCGAAGACAGCAGGGACUAAACGGAAGACUAGAGGUAGCGGUUCCACAGCAGCGAUAAUACCACCCUCGACCACCACCACUAGACUUACGAGAAGACGUUCAGCUGCACAACCCGGAAAUGUCAACGGAGAGACUGUCGAGCCGGCGAGAGGGGAGGAAGAAAACCUGAAUGGAUAUUGGGGACCUGCGAGUAACAAACGAUCGCGUCGGGUGUCUCCUACUAAGCCUUCCAAAGUAGGAUCAAGCUCAGCGCGGUUCUACCCAUCAACAGAAGCUAGUGAUGGAAAGGAGUCACAAACAGGUGCUGCAUCAGUUCCUGGUAUCGACACGGAAAUACCUAUGGCUGGAAUAGAGGAGUUGGCUGCUGCUGCGACCGCUGCAAAUGAUAAGCCAUUGACCUAUAUUCCAUAUUACACCCCGAUGUACCCAGUGGGUUUGAGUCCCUUCAGAUAUCCCUGUUUGACACCUGGACUCCCGAAUCCCUCACCUGGCGAUCCAAAUAACCCAAAUUUCAAGCGAUUCGAUCCACAUGUUCCAUUACCUUCCCUUUCCUCCAUGAACUCUAGCCGGCAUCCACCUGAUUCGAAUACAUCGACGAACAUAGAGGGUAAUAUCGACCCUCAACUGGCUAACCUCUCAGCUCCAACUCAACCCUCACAGGAAGGACAGAUCCAGGAGCAUGGAAAUAAUGUAAUGGAUCAAGCUACAAGUGAUAGUGCAAACGCGGCUUAUGAGUCCAUAUCAGCAUUGUUAUCCGCUUCUCAAAGUGUUUUCCCUCCUACACUGGAAUCGAUAGAUUAUGGUCAAGGACAAUGA